CUGACUUGUCUGCUCUGCCUUUACACAAUAACCACUUUACCACUUUAUACUUCCCGCUUCUCGUUUCCUGCUGCACCUCAAUUCCAGAACUCAAUUUUCCAUAUACCCCACCUGCGGUACACAUGGACCGUUGCUGCUUCGCAUCGCUGUAAAUUUAUUCCGAAUCCGCUCGCCCCUCCUACGAGUCGUUAAAUUCUCCCCCAAAACUCUCGCCUCCUAUGUCGCUCCCAUCUCCCGCGACUCAUCCAACAAUGCCGAGCGCAAAGACUGCUGCUCACGAAUGCGUUUCCGAAGAUGCCCUGCAACACCUACGGACCUAUAAAUAUUCCAGCGUCGACAAAUCUUUCAUCUCACGAUACAUCCUAAAGCACUACUGGAAUGCGUUUGUGGAGCUGCUUCCGCUCUGGCUUGCGCCGAACCUCGUCACCCUUCUAGGUUUCUUCUUCAUAUUAGGAAAUGUGGUUCUGUUAGAGGUCUACGUACCUGACUUGGUUGGACCGGCGCCAUCCUGGGUAUACUUUAGUUUCGCUUUUGGCUUGUGGAUGUACUCAACUAUGGACAACGUAGACGGCAAGCAAGCGCGACGAACUGGGACAUCAAGCCCUCUAGGCGAGUUGUUCGAUCACGGAAUUGACUCUUUGAAUUGCACAUUGGCAAGUUUGCUUGAGACUGCAGCAGUAGGGUACGGUUCGGGCUACAUUGGCGCAUUCACUGCUCUUGUCCCGGUUCUUCCUAUGUUCUUUUCGACCUGGGAAACAUAUCACACCCAUACCCUCUACCUAGGAUACUUCAAUGGACCCACCGAGGGCUUGAUUCUUGCAUGCACAUUCAUGAUUAUGUCGGGCAUCUAUGGACCCGAAAUAUGGUCCACGCCACUGAUCAAGUAUUUCCCGUCUUAUGAAGAGUACCUCGGUGUCAUUUCCUUCAAGGAUCUGUGGGUACCAAUAAUUCUCGUCACAUUCUUCAUUGCACAUUUGCCAGCGUGCGUUGUGAAUGUUGCGCGGGCUCGUCGCGCUCAGAAUUUGCCCAUCGCGCCAGUGUUCAAGGAGUGGACGCCCUUGAUCAUCUUCUCGGUAGCCACCAUCGCGUGGCUAGGUUCACCAUACUCGUUCAUCCUAAAGGAUAACCACUUGGUACUUUACUGUGUCACCAUGUCCUUGGUUUUCGGCAGGAUGACAACGAAGAUAAUUCUUGCUCACCUCACGCGUCAAUCGUUCCCGUACUGGACUGUAAUGCUUGUCCCCAUGAUUGGAGGCGCACUCCUUGUCAACCACCCGUAUUUCACCAUCACCGGGACGACUUUUGGUCCAGUUUCUGCCAAGUUCGAAUUGUGGUACUUGCGUGCUUAUCUCGUUUUUGCCGCAGUGGUAUAUGGCAAAUGGGCGCAUUUGGUCAUCACAAGCAUUUGCGAUUUCCUGGGCAUCAAUUGCUUGACCAUUCCCUCAGCCCCUAAGAACGGUGAGAAGGGUGGCCGAGCGAAUGGUGCUGCCAACGGCAUCCGACCAGACAAGGGACGAAUGGACUAAGUGAGCACAUACUUCAUCGUCAGCGACUUCUUACAUUAGAAGACCAACCCUCCAGCACCAUCGUGCUACCUCAACCUCACGACAUCUUUGAAUUCUUGCAUAUACAUGCAUCAGCGGACCGGAUUCGCUUAUAGAACCUCCUUUUUGGCGGACACCUAUCUCACUACGACGACGGCCUUGAUUACAUAAUGUUUUAUACCUGUGAGAGAGAGCAAAAGCAAUUCGGCAGCAUUCAUACAUUGUUCACGCGCUUGGAUAGUAGGCGCCACAGCUUCAACAGCAACGACGGCCUCCAUCUCGCGCAUUCUUCUUAAACCCUUUGAUCGAUUAGCAUAGCAUUAUUUGCAUCAUUAGACCCUACCAUUACUGGCAACAGUGCCAUUUCAAGCAACUGGAAUUAUAGCAUAUGCAGGCUAGUUGUUGCAACAUUAAUAUAUGAGAUCUGGGCAAUUUUUGAUU